UUUCAUCACUGCAGCCAUCCUCCAUCCAUUGGAAUUCACAUGCAUUAUUCCCGGCAUACUGUACUUCCUCGCUAUUCCAUCCAUGUACAUGCUUUUGCCUAUUUACUCCAUCUGCAACCUCAAUACGGUCUCUUGGGGAACUCGCGAAGAUCCGCGACCGCAAGAGAAGAAUGAUUUGGCAGCUAAACGAAGAAAGACACAUCACAUGGAUUUCGUGGAGAAAGGAGGAGAAGGAGAGAUGGAUGGUGACUGGUCUCUUGGUUGUGGAAGCGCGUGUCGUCUUCUAUGUUGUUUGAAGCCGGAUAAGAUGGAAUCUUCUCCACAGGUCUGGCGUAUAAAUGAGAAACUGGCUGAAAUCAGCAGAAAACUUGAACGCAUUGAAAGGAAACAACAACCAGGGUUGACACGCAGGGCCGAAUUGGAAACGAUCGAUCCGGAAGAAGAGCAUUUCUGGUUGGAUGUUAUUGAUAAAUACCUCUCACCGCUGACCCUUGACCCUAAGGAGCAGGAACGUGUGCGAGCCGCUCUGAUUGAG